AGUCGGAUGUGAACCAAACACGGAAGUAGACUAGCAAACCAUGGAAACAUGACUGUAACUUCUCCAGCGUUUUAACCUAUAAUUUAACUAUUUGUGCGUUUGAUUGAACAUGUGAGGCAAUAAAAUUGCUACUGUCGUUACGAAGUAUCUUUGUCAUGGCGUUGAGUUGGUUUUAUAUUGUUUUGACUCUAUGUUGCGCUGUUGCAUCAGUUGGGAUUGCCAUUGUGGGCCAGGGUCAAAUCAUACCGUCUCUUGUUGCGGCUCUCGCCCUGAGCACCGCUACCGGAAUGACAUUGGUUUUGAAGGAGUUCAGCUCGAAAUUAGGAGCUGAAAUGCGGCCGGUGGGGAGUGUGCUGAGUCAGUAUUUGGCGCUGAAGGUGGUGGGCUGGCUGGGCAGGAGACAAAGGCGAAAACUGGAGGAGGAUACGCGGAAAGUGGAGCAGGUUCAGGAGGAGACUCUGCUGAAGCGCCUGCGUAAACACGGCGGCACCACUUAUGGAAGGAAAUACGACUUUAAGUCACUUAAAGACUCUGCUGAGUUCCGCGCACGUCACCCCAUCACCACAUAUGAACACUACAGGGAGCUCAUACAGAGGGUUGCAGCUGGAGAAGAAAAGGUGGUCAUCUCUGAGAAGCCCCUCAUUUUGGCCAUGACGUCCGGGACGUCAGGGGCCAGUGCCAUGCUCCUCAGCACCAAGGACACCAACACUGAGUUCUUCCUACUGGGAGUGACAGUGUGUUUAGACGCCAUGAGAAAAGCGUUCCCAGCCACAGAGAGCCUCCAGCGAACCACCAAGUUUUUCUACACUCCCACCCUGCGUCAGUCAGAAGCUGGUCUUCCUAUUGGUCCAAACUCCUCAACACCUGCCUCCUCUCGCCACAUGCUCAACCUGUACACAACUCCAGCUCCGGCUUUUGAAGUUCCUAGUGAGAAGGACACACUGUAUCUUCACCUUCUCUUUGCACUGAAAGACCCCACCGUAGGAACUCUGGAGUCCAACUUUGCGUCUACAGUCUUUUAUGCCUUUGUUUCAUUACAGGAGCAUUGGCAGGAGCUGGUGGGGGACAUAGAGCGUGGGACAGUCAGUAAAGCUUUGGCUCUAGAUCCCAAAGUACGGUCCAGUCUGGAGGCUCUGAUGAAGCCGGACCCAAAGAGGGCAUCCCAGAUACAGGCGGAGAUCCAGGAUGGGUUCAGGGGCAUUGCAAAACGACUUUGGCCAAACCUUAACCUGGUGCUGGCUGUGGACUCUGGCUCCAAUCAAAUUUACGGAGAGAUGCUGAGAGAGAGCUACUGCCAAGGCGUGCCCUUCUACUCACCUUUUUAUGCUGCUACAGAAGGCCUCAUUGGGGUGAACCUGUGGCCAGAGGAGACCAGCAGACGUUACCUCUUGUGCCCACGCUCCAUGUUCUGUGAGUUCCUCCCUGAGCACAGUCUGGAGCAGGACGACCCACCCACUCUGUUAAUGCAGGAGGUGAAGGAGGGCCACAACUACGAGCUGGUCAUCACAAACGCCUCUGGGCUGUACAGAUACCGCAUUGGAGACAUUGUGAAGGUGGUUGGAUUCCAUAAUCAGUGCCCUAUCAUUGAGUUUCAGUACAGGCGCGGUCAGAUGUUGAAUGUUCGAGGGGAGAAAGUGUCUGAGCAUUUGUUCCUUGGAGCUUUAAAGAACGCGCUCUCUCAGUGGCCUGGGGCUCAGCUGGUGGACUACUGCUGUGCUGAGAGUGGAAUUAUGGGUGACUCCAGUGGUGGCUCAGACCCUCAUUACCAGGUGUUUUUGGAGCUCAAAGGAGUCAGAAAUCUCACAGAAGAACAGCGCUACAAGUUGGACAUAUGUCUGCAACAGGACUCUGCGGUGUACAAGUCUUUCCGGAUCAAAGGCAGUAUUGGACCAAUGCGAGUGCAGCUGGUGGCACCUGGAGCCUUUAACGAACUCUCCAAGAAAAUGAUGUCCUUUUCUGAGACAACACCAAAUACGUUCAAAAUGCACAGAGUUAUUCGAAGGAAAGAGUAUGCGGACUUCCUUUUGGGCAAAACACUUUCCUAAAACUUUCUGUGGAAGUACACACAAACUGCGAUAUGUACUGACUGAAUAUUUGAAGUGCCAUUUGUAAAGCAGCAAUUAUAUUAUUGACCUCCGCAAGGUUAAAAGGUUCAUAUUACACUUUUCUGAUAUGUUAUAAUGUUUGUUUCCUCAUUAGUUUUGUUGCAUUCACACGUGUAUUUUUAAACUCCUUACACCUUCGCAUUUAAACAAUUUCAGGCCUGGAAUUGCCAGUCUCUGCUGAAUAAAAAUUAAAAAGUAGCUGUUAACUUGAAAA